GUCUUCCCUCAACCAUGCCUACUCCACACUCAUCAUGGAGGCUCCUAGAGCUCGCGGAAUGGGCCGAUCGGGUCCCCGGCGUCGAACCGGCUGUCUGACCUGCCGGGCACGCAAGGUCCGCUGCGACGAGACCAAACCCACCUGUGCCAAUUGCACUCGCCUACGUCUACAAUGCGCCUACAAACCCACCAGCCCGGGGGUCGUAUCGCGACACACAAGCCACAACGUGAGCACGACCACAGCGCCUGGCCAUACCACCAUAGCCGCUCGUCCAGACGUGAACUUCUUCCACACUGUCCUCUGCAAUGACCGGAUUUCAGCAUCGGCUUCAGGUUCGCCGCAGCAAGCGGGACCCGGCCGUCCUCUACACUCCCUGAGCACGGACAUCCCCUCGUUCGAUAUCCUCAGUUUCAUCGGCGAAAUCACGUCCGAUUUCCAGCAGAAACACCUCGAUCUGACGACGAAUGGACUGGCGGGGUUUCCGGCGGGCUCGGUGCCGGCGGCUAUCGCGAAUGAGGAACUCGACCAGAAUGAACGCCCGAUAGGCUGGGGCUCGGCCUCAGCUCAGGUCAUCCAGGCCGACACUUCCGAUCAGGGCUCUUCUGAUACUAGUGGUAGCCGGGUGACGUACGAGGAUCAGUUGUUCGCACAUUUCGUGGAGAGUGAUCCGCCGCCUACGGUCUUUGGACCGGUGACUCUGGAAUGGGAGUACGUGCGGGCAAAUAUUGUUGGACAGUCCCGCGAGAGUCGGGAGGUCUUGCAUGGGGUAUACUGCUACGCGGAGAUACAUGAGGCGUCGAUACAAGGAAAGGCGUGGAAACUGGCCUCGAAGUAUCACCAGCUGGCAUGCUCGGAGGUUCAGUCGUGCUUGCUCGGCGAGGUAGGGGAGGCGAUGCUCAAGAGAGUGUUUACUACGGUGCUGUUGUUGAUGCUGUCUGAGCUCCUGUCGACUCCUGACUUAUGGGGCUCAGGUACGUCCUUCCUUCACUCCGCGUAUCUCCUAUUGCAGCGAUUUCAACACCGGACCAAGUUGUGGACUGGAGUGAACCAGGUGAUAGUGUCGUGGGUGUCACUGCUGGACGUCAAAGCAUUGAUAGCUGGCCGCGACGGCGAUCCGCUCAUUGAGAUGGGCUGCCUUUCGAAACCCAACAUUACUGAAAUGUCCACCGAAGACCGACCAGCGGACCACAGCAGCGACGACGAGCCACCGAGACCCGCAUACCUCAUCCGUGAAGCCAUCACCGGCCCGGCCUUCCGCUUCUUCCUGCAAACACAACAGGUCAUCCGACGGAUCGUCUGUAUCGACCUGCAUCACCGCAGUCGCGGCACGGUCAGCGACGAAUUCGAGGUCCUCCAGAUCGCGCACCAGGUCGGUGCUGACCUCGAGACGCUCUGGAACUGGCGUCCGCGAGUGCUAGACGUCUACAGCACGCCUGAGGACCUUUUUGAUACUCUACAGCCUGCCAUCGCGUUUGAAGUCUGCCGAACAUUCCGACAGUACAUUGCCAACUUCCUGGCGAUUUUCAUAUACUUGCACCGAGUUGCGUUUGCCAUCUACCCGCGGACAGACCGGGUGCACCGGGCUGUAGAUCGGAUUAUUCAGUUGGCGACGGCGGAGGUGGAGUCUUCCGGGAGCGACCAGCAACAUCUGCCCGCCAGCUUUGUAUGGCCGUUAUUUGUGGCCGGUCUUGAGGGGUCGAUACAGCAGCGACGAUGGAUUGUCAAGGAGAUGCAGCGGAUCACAGGCACCUUCAGCAGUCGAUGUCAGGACCCCGAACGUGUCCCUGGAACCUCCCGGACCGCGCGACAUCCGCAUGCGGGCAAGGCACUACUCCUGCUGGAGGAGAUGACACGACGACAGGAUGCGUCCCGGACGUGGGCGGACUCGCGGUGUGUGCGACGGGAGUUGUUUACCGACUUUUUCGUGAUGAUCUAGACGAUUGCUGUAGGAGAUACGAGGCGGACAUCAACCAACUCGAAACGCGAGCAGAUCUCCUGACCACGUAAGCCGUCGUCAUCUGACUCGCACGCGGUCUCCAUCGGGCAGUAUUU